GCGUGUUAAAAUCUCAGAUUUGGUCGAUAACGAUGCCACGUAAAAAUCAGCUCGACAUUCCUCUUUUGUUUUACCGAUUAUGCCUAUAUUUAUCCUAAUAAGGACGUAGGAGAAUGAACAAUGUAGGAAUUGGUGCGUUUUUAGUUGUUUCGGGAUGAUACGAACUCUAGUUUUAGAUCUAUAUUUUGUUGUCUUGCUGAUCUACAAUGGUGUAUUGAAAAUUUCAGGAACAAAGUCAUGUCCGAAAACAGACCUUCACGUAACCAACAUGUGUUCACCAGACAAUUUCUUCUCCAACUUUAUUUACCUGGAUGUCCACAACGCUAGUCUUUACUACCUACAAUCGUGUAUAUGCACGCUGCACGUGCGUUUUCCUGGAACACUUUACUUUAAGACUUUACAAACACCGCCACCAGAUUGUGGAUCUGUAAUGCACGUGACCAGUAGCGAUGGCAACCAAGUACACGUAUUCCCAUGUGGAGGGAAUACGUCAUUUCCUGUAAAAACAAAUGAUAUGAUAAACAUAUCAAUUCAUAAUUUAGGAGAACUCAGUUAUGAUACUUCAUACUGUUAUGUCAUAUCACUGGCAUCAGACAGCGGAGUUGGUACGAAUGCUUUCCAGAUCACGUGUCCUCACAUGGAGAGACUCACGACCACAACUACAACCUCUAAUGUGACGUCAUCCACCCCCGCUACCUCCCCCAAACCAAUCUUUACAGCUAAGGUAACAGCCUCAUUGACCUCAACAAGGCCUUCCAAUAUCGCUCCAACAACUGAAUCUGAAAGUACAAGUGCUGUUUUGGAAGUCAAGGAAACUGUUGUCAGACAGGAUGUACCACUGGAAGUGAUUAUCACGGUCGCCAUACUUGUUCCGGUGGCAUCGAUAGGUAUCGUGUUAGUAUCCAUUUACCUUUGGAGAAGAAAAAUACUUCAGAGACUCUUAAGAAAUUUGAAGAAAGAUCACCGUUUCCGCGAAGAAGCUGUAAUAGACGUAGGUGAUGGGUUAAAAGAGAAUGUCUCUAACCAUAGCAACGAAGAUCUGAGCAAAGAAGACAAGACAAAAAUAUCCGUUGUCAAUGUUCGAAUUGCUAACACGACUCCAACAGCACCACGUGUCGUCACACUUCGGAAGUCCCAUAGCAACAAAAAUAUCAUCGUCCUUUCGUCAGAAAAAUCGAGCAGAAAGGCCAACGGAAGUGACGAAGCUGAUGACGUAGCAUUAGAUGAAAGAAGAAAUCGACUCCGCUGGAAAAGGUCGGAAACCGAUAGUGGAUAUUUUACAGAAAUUCAUUUAGGAAGUGGGUCCAAAACAAUAAUUACAGUUGAAAAUCUUCCAAAAUUGCACAACGAAGAACAAAUAAAAUAUGAUGAUAUCCAAACAGAGCUUUGAAUGAAGUUCACAUCGGUGGAUCCAAAAAGUGCAAAUAUGUUGACUAAAAAUAAUGUUUCUUGGCUAUACAGAGCAGUGCUACUCUAUAAUUUACUCAAAAUCAAUAUUUAACCAAUAUAUGUACUUUUUAGGCGUAAAUAUUAUAAGUAUUAUGCUUAUUCUCUGGUGACAUUGUUCUAAUGAUAUAUCCUUUUUUUUUUAGGUUGACUGUAUUUUAUUGUUUAUUUCAUUUCAUUAUAAAUUAUUUUAUAUUGAUGUUUACUUAAUAUCAUCAUGAAUCAGUGUAACUAUUUAAUAUUGUAUAUUAUAGUAAAUGGUAUUUUUCAUCAGCAUGAAAGAAAACUGCUUAUUAUACUAUUUUUUAGAGAGUUAUAUACAUUUGUUUUUUUCUACUGUGCCAUGUAUGUAUGUUUUAUUUAUUUGAAAUUUAUAAAAAUAACUUGUUAACCGUUUAAACCUUCCGACGUAUUUUUGUGAUGUGGGUGAUAAUUAAUGAGGCUGGCAAAACCCCGCUUUGUUUACGGUCGCAAGUAAUUCAAAAAUGCAAAUUCCGUGUAUAAACAGCGGAAAAUUCGAGGGGAUGGAAAUAUGUGUAGUUUUAAAAAUGUGUUGAUAUCCAUCCUUGCAUACGAUUCUUUUACUACACUGUCCAUUAAUCGGAAAAUUUGACACUGCAUUUGCCGUAAACUGAACACAAACAAAAUAUUUCUUCUCGUAUAAUCCACUAUCAUGCACAUUUUAAAGCCAGAAAUACAAUGUUCUAAUCCAUGUACUUUGUAUCUUUGUCAAGACGACCCACAUACAUGUAUUAAUUGUUAACAUAAGUCGAUUCACGUUUAAAAGAUCAAGUAGAUGGAAGGUGCCUACAACUUUUUGAAAUUUGAGAUGUGAAUUCUUUCAAUGGUGCCUCAUAACAAUAGCUUGCUUUUAUGAAAUGUACCGAGCAUGAUUUUAAGAUAAACGCAUUUAAAAGUAACGAGCGUUUACAUCUGCCAUUUUCAGUGAAUUAUGAAAGAAACAAGCAACAAAUUUCGAAGUUUUACCGUUUUUGACGAAUGAAAUAGAUAAUGCCUACAGUCCCUCUAAAAACGGAGUUUUAUAAAUGUUAAUUCUUAAUCUUAAAAAUGAUUUCAAUUAAACAUAGAUAUCGAGAUUACUUUUCAUAGGAUUUACAAUGGAAAGCCAGGAAAAUGUCUCAUUUUCUAUAAUUUAUGAGGACCUUUAUAUAGUCAUAAAGUAUCUUAAAAGAUAUAUAAAAUCAAUUAUAACAUUAUAAUGGAUCACGCACCAAAAAGACACCAAUCAUUUACUAGAUCUUAAACUUGAAUAUUUUACUAUUUCGACGUUAAAGGACCUACAUGUAAAUAGUGUAAAUGUGUAUUGUCCUUACAUUGAAAUCGUUAAGUACAAUAGGUCCUUAUGCCCUAAUUAAAGGACAUUAAUCGGCGAGUACUUAAUAGUUAAAUGAAACCGACUGGAAAGGUGCUCCUUCGUCAACCGUCCGUUAAUCUCAUUCACAAUUAAUCUCCGUGUUUGCGCGGAAAAGAGGUUAAUCAGCGGUUUAUUUAUUAUAUAUUUGGGGCAUUUUAAAUAUUUAAAUGUAUGUUAAGUUGUGGACCAUGAAAUAAGUGUCUAUAAGAACGGACCGGCAAAUUCCGAUCGGGCCGAUUGUGUCUUUGUUCAGAUCGAUGGUUGUAGAGAAUGCGCUUAUCGAAGAAAGGAACCAGUAUGUAGAUUUGACGUCUAUUGUUUCGAACAGAUCUUCUCUAUUGCAAAGGAUCAACACUUGCUGUUUAAAUAAUCCGCCGUGUUAAUUCUGAAAUCAAAUACGGAUCAGUCAUAAUGCACACCCCUCUGAGCUAGAAAGGGAGUAAUGAAUGUACGCACCCCGAUACGACCAGCGCUAUUUGAGGCUCGAAUGACAAUUUUGCUGGAAUGAAUUUUCAACAACGUUUAGGAAUUUAAA